CGGAUGAUGCCAUGAAUAUUCGGAUGGAAUACGAGUCCAUUUCUCACCGGGACUACCAUCGUACUGCGUGACUCAACUGUACCACCGAUUCUUGUCCAUCUUUGAACAUUUCCCGAGCAAGUUGCCCACAUCAAAAAGCUGAAAGUUCUGUGAAGAAUGACGUCACUGUGGUCGCUCUUCGUUAUGAAUCGGAGCGUGGCUAACAAUUUCGUCAGUGACUGCCAUUCGAUGGGCACUGGUGGUCACCGCAUUAAUCAAGAAAAAAACACUUAUAACAAUGAAUCAUCUUUGAUUUAUUCAUCGAUUUCUAUUGGCGAUUGGGACGAGUGGGACGAGUCGUUGUGGACAGCCAAACAGCGUCAAUGGCUCGAACAAGGCGCCGUCCCGCGUGAAGUCUACGUGACUCUGAGCGUCAUCUUAAGUCUUGUCGUCGUCUUCGGAUUGAUAGCUAACGCAACCAUUCUCUACAUUUUUUCCAGAUUUAAAAGGCUUAGGACUCCCGCCAACGUCUUAGUCAUCAAUUUGACUGCCUGUGAUUUCAUCUCGUGUCUCAUUCACCCAAUGGCCGUUUACUCGUCCUAUCGUGGCCGUUGGUCGUUUGGCAAAACUGGCUGCAAUUUGUACGCUACUGGCAUCGGAUUCUUUGGACUCAACAGCAUUGUAACUUUAUCGGCCAUAGCGUGCGAACGCUACAUCGUGAUCACGUCCAGCAGCUGCCGUCCAGCCGUGGCCCGAUGGCGCAUCACUCGAUGUCAAGCGCAAAAGGCUUGCGUGGCUAUUUGGCUUCACUGUGCCGCUCUUGUGGCUCCCCCCUGGCUCCUGGGAUGGUCCUCUUACGAACCGGAAGGCGUUUUAGUGACUUGUUCGUGGGAUUACACGACGCGGACGCUCUCCAAUCGGCUCUACUAUUUGUAUCUCCUCUUCUUUGGAUUCGUCUUGCCCGUCUCUGUUUUGACGUUCUGUUACGUGGCCAUUUUCCGGUUUAUCGUGCGCUCUUCCAAGGAAAUGACUCGCAUGAUUAUGUCCAGUCAUGUCAAAUCGCCGUUCAGCACGGCCAUAACGUCGUUCCGCAAACGGCGCAGGCAAACGGACGUGCGUACGGCCAUGAUCCUUUUAUCGCUGGCCAUGCUCUGCUACACGGCCUGGACACCUUACGCCAUCGUCAGUCUUAUCGGCCAGUUCGGUCCAGCGGAUGAAUAUGGCCAAUUCGAACUCUCGCCGAUGGCAACGUCCAUCCCCGCGUUCCUGGCCAAAACGGCAAUCGUUUUCGAUCCGCUGCUCUACGGAUUUUCGCAUCCGCAAUUCCGCUCUUCCGUCCGCCAGAUUUUGCAGCACAACAGCUUCGUUGAGAGCAGCAACAACGGCUGCGUUCAACGAGGCGCCGCGACCAAUAAAGCCCAUCCGCACGGAGCCACGACGCUCGUGAUGGUGACAGCCGCAUUACGUCACACGGCUACGCGUCAGCAGCUCCGCAGCCAGUCCCUUCACACCAGUUCGGCGGCUGUUUCGUGGGCCAAAUCUGUCAGGAAUGCAUCCGAGCUCGACAGCGACACGCACCGAUCGAUUAACGAAAUCAACCACGUCACGUCUCCGUCGCUAAGCGCAAACAUUCCGGCCAUCUCACAAUCGGCGGAGACAAUGCACCGCGCAUGCAGUCAUCCUAAAAGAGCGAUGAGUUUGGCGACCGUAAUGUGGAACAAGAAUCACCUGAAGACAACAGCAGGUAGUUCAGAGACUCUUACAAGAGGGAGCAGCUGUCGUGAAAAUGUUUACAGGUGCUGGACGCCCGUGAUGCGGGCCGACGCCGUUUAUUUGCUAAACGAUGGCAAACAAUGGGCCGAAAAAUGCCGUCAGCCGUGGAUUGUUAGCGACGGAAGGCAAGUGCUUUACCCGUCGUCCGCGAUGACUGUCGAUGAGAAGAACAAAGGCCAGCAAAGCACAGAAGCGACGAGGCGAUUGUCCGAGUCGGAUCUGCUCCAGGGCAUCGCCAGCGGAGAAAAGGGAAACCGUCGCAAGAAACCAACGGCACUCAGAUCCAUUGGAGAUUUAACGGCUCAGUUGAUUGAAAAUGGUCCGCUGUUCGUUGCUCUACCUGCCCGGCCAGUGGUGAUCGACGAUUGUCAUUUAUCGAGCAGCAAGAAAGUGAAAAGGCGCAUCGCUUCGCCUCUGCAUUUCCCCAAGUUUAACCGAUCGGCUUCUCCGUGUUUAUCAGCGGCACGAUCCGUAACGAACGUCGGUUUCUUACAGAGGAACACGUUCAUGAGCCGAUCGAUUGAACGGCAUCGCCAACAGUCCAUGAUUUUCGAUGUCAAACUGGCAAGCGAAGGUUGCAGAUCUAAUUCCAUGUCUUGCCCGCUCAUUUCUCCGUGAUUCGAUUUGCAUGCCAACUGUGCAAUGUGAUGCUGCUUUCUAAAUCAUAUAUAUUUUUUUGCGUUCAAGCAAUUUACUUUGUUUUGUUUUUUUUUUAUGGGCAAAACAGCUGUUGUGAUAUGUUUUAUUUUAUGGAAAACAAAAACUAGUUUUUCUAUUUUGGAUAUUAAAUGAAAAAAUAGUUCGAACGGGAAAGCCUGUUAAUAAUGUAACACAUUGUAAAUGUUCGUGAUUUGCAUUUUUGCGAAAUCUGAAGCGCACAGGGUAUCAUGUUUUGGCCAAAUUUUAAACUAUGACUUUAUAUUAAAUGUGAAAUGUCUACGUCCUAUCUCAGCCCCAUUGAAUAACCUCACGUAUUUAUUUAGAAGGCAAACAAAAGACUGAAGAAAACAAUACUUUGUACUCGACAGGAAAUUCAUGAAUGAAAUGUAGUUGCUAGCAAUGUUUGUCGUGCAAUUGAUAUUUCUGUUUGAUUAUCGCUGAGCACAGCGCGU